GGUGGGCAGACAAGGAAUGAGUUAUCUUCCACAGAUAUAAGGCCUUUGUCAAACAAGAGUCUUUCCAGAGGAGAAAUAGCACAAAGGGUAUUAACAGAUAUUUUCAUCAAAAUGUGGUUGCCCCUGGUAGUGUUACUCAUCUUUUCCUAUGUCUAUCUGGAAGAUGCUCAGGUGGUACACAAUUCAGGCCACGUGACAGAGUCACUUCGCUCCAGGCGUAUGAUCGGCGGCCUCCUGUCCCCCCAUGUUCCCUGGCAGGCCAUGGUCUACCUGAAUGACAGUAUCCUGGAUGGUGGUUUUGCGGGGGGAGCUCUCAUCUCUGACCGCUGGGUCCUGACUGCUGGUAGAAACCUGUUUGUCAGAAAAAGUCGUGAGCACACUCAGGGGAAAAAGCCAAUAAUCCCCAAGGUAUUCCUGGGCAUCACGCGAUACGACCAAGCCAAUGCCUCUAAAGAGGUUUCUGUGGAAAAGGUGGUUCUACAUCCAGGCUUCCAGAACAAGUCAGACUGGGACAAUGACCUGGCUCUGAUACAGCUAAAGGAGCCAGUCCCCAUGAACAAAGAUGUGAUGUCCAUCCCUCUUCCGGGGAGAGGUCAGGACCUAGUUGAGGAAGCCGGGGUGGAAGGCAUCAUCACAGGCUGGGGCUGGGGGGUGUCAUUCACACCCGCUAAGUCUCUGAAACACAUUGUGGUGCCUGUGGCUUCUCACAGCUCCUGCAUGGAAGAGUAUAUCAAGAAAGGCCAGCUGACCAGCAAACCAAUGGUAGAUGAGAACAUGUUCUGUACAGAAGCCAGCGAGUUCAAUGAAAAUGUGUGCUUUGGGGAUGGAGGUGGUGCUCUGGCAGUCCAAGACCCCAAAGAUGGCAGUGUGUACGCUGCAGGGAUCCUGUCCUUCGAUAAGACUUGUGGUGUGGAGAAAUAUGCUGUUUACAUGAAGCUGUCUGCCUACAUGCCUUGGAUCAAUAGCGUCCUCAGGGGCGACUGUGAGAAAUCAGACCGUUUCCGCUCCAAUCUAAUUUCUAAGAUGUUUUAAAGGUCGAUGUAGGCUCAACUCAGCAUUUUGAGAUGAUAGCCAGCGCUCAAAAACUCCAUAAUGCUGUCAGCAUAGCUGACCUACAUGAAUUUGCAAGACUACAAAAUAAAAAUGUAUCAACUCACCUAAACAACACACAAAAACUGUUACAUUAAAUAGCAAAUGCGCAUACUUUUUACAGUGAAAUAAAUACUUUUCCACUCAG